AUGAAAUUCCUUAUUUUUUUCCUACCGUCAGUCACACUUGCCGCCCUCGCCUCAAUCUCACAAAAUGAUGUGAAGAGCGGCGGCGGCUGCAAGCCCAUGACUGUCCUCUUUGCCCGCGGAACGACUGAGUUGGGCAAUAUGGGUUCAAUUGCUGGACCACCUUUUGCCAUCGCUCUUGGCGCGAUGAUGGGAGGUGCUGGUAACGUCGCUGUUCAGGGCAUCCAGUACCCAGCAGAUGUGCCUGGUUUUCUUGUUGGUGGAGACAAAGGAGGCAGCCAGCUCAUGGCACAGAUGGUCGGACAGGUUCGGGCCCAAUGCCCGGACACUACACUAGUAAUGGCAGGCUACUCACAAGGUGGUCAGCUUGUCCACAAUGCUGCUGAUAUGCUUAGUGCCGAGGACUCGGCAUUUGUGUCUAGCGCAGUCAUAUUCGGUGACCCAAACAACGGCAAACCGGUCGGCAAAGUCGCAGCAGCAAACACUAAAAUCAUCUGCGCACCUGGCGACCUCAUCUGUGCAGGCCAGCCUAUCAUCUUGGCACCUCACCUGUCGUAUGGUGCUAACGCGGCUCAGGCCGCGCGAUUUGUUAUGAGCAACAUGGCAGCUGGUGGUGCGGCGGCUGGAGCGGCAGCAGGAGCAGGAGCAGGAGCAGGAGCAGGAGCUGCUGCUGCUGCUGCUGCUGCCAAGGGGGCUACUAAGGGGGCUGCCACUCGCGCGGUGCAAGCAAAGUACUUCAUCUCUUAG